GUACGACACCCGGCCAGUCAAGACGGUAAACUCUGCACACUGCUCGAUUCAGAUAGGCGGUGGCUGGAACCAGGCAAAAUGCCAGCACAAUCUUUAUGGCAAUGGCAGGCACAUCGCAUCUCGCACAUUCAACAUGGAGAGCACAGCCGUCUUCCUCAACACCUGCAUCAAGAUCCAAAUCAGCGCAGCACAGUAUGAGGACGGUGGCAACUUCAACAACGGUAACAACAACCCGAGGUCCUGCAUCGUCGUCAAGACGGCAGGAAGCUUUACGUAAAACGGCUGAGACAAUCUGCGUAAUGAGCUCAGUGGAACCCAAAGAAGAGAGAGAGAGAGAGAGAGAGAGAGAGAGAGAGAGAGAGAGAGAGAGAGAGAGAGAGACAGAGACAGAGAGACAGAGAGACAAACAGAGAGAGAGACAGAGAAUAGUCAGCUUGAUGAAAUAGGGAAGGAAGAUUUGAAGACCUUUAUUUUCCUGUGUCUGUGGGUGGCGGCAGAGAGGGAUAUUGCCACGUAUGCCCAGUGGCAUUAGCAAAAUCAACAUUAAUCAAGUGCACUACCCUAAGUACCCUUGUUUUGGUUAUUAUAUGGGAGCGCAAAAAUUAAACUUCUUCAAAGAUGUGUACAGGAUUUUGAUCAGUCUUCGGUGUGCUCCUGCAUGACUCUCACUCUGUGUGUGUGUGUGUGUGUUUGUGUGUGUGUGUGUGUGUGUGUGUGUGUGCGGGUAUAGGAGUGUGUGUUGAUUUGCCGAGGUCAGGUGGGGGGUAUCAUUGAGGUGUAUUGAGAGGGUAAGAUAGUGGAUAGUGGAGAGGGGUGAUUGCAGUAAGUGUUCUUGGGGUAGGGGUUGUAUGUGCGAACGUGGGAUGGUGUGAGUAUGUUUUCCGAGGUGUGGGGGGAUCUGGGUUUAACCGGGUGCGCAGUUGUAUAGCGGCAUGUUUUGUUGGUAUGUGACGAGUGCUGCAGAGGGAAGCUGUAUGUUUCCGCAAGUGGUUUUCGGACGGGAAUUGCAGCAGUGUGAAG